AAUGAUUUUAGAGUAGCAUUUUACCAAUGGGUUGUUGAGGCAACUUUCACCAUCCAUUAGCACAUGCUUUGUGCAACUGGCGCUGGCGCUAAAAAUAUCGGAAAAUUCACUUUUUCCCGGGAAACCAAAAACCCCACUCCAAACCAAAAAAAAAAAAAAAACACACUAACCAAAGCAUCGCAUAUUUAUAUUCAAACAAUCACACGAAGAAAUUACAAGUACCUUCCAUCAACAUCCACACUCUCUCCCCCACUCACUCUCACCACAACUGUCAAUUCCGGCAACUUCUCCGAUCACUUCCCGGCGACUUCUCAUCUCAAACCAUGGCAUCAGAAUGAAUCUCAUCCACUCCCGAUGUCGAUUUCCUACUCCAACUUCUUCUCCGAUUCCGACCUCCUAUGCGGCGAGGAGACAUCCAGCAUCUUAUCCACAGAUUCGCCGACGGAUUGUUUCUCCGAUGUCGAUUCGUCUCCGUCGCCGGAGGAUGAGUUCAUCGCCGGAUUAAUCGAAGACGAACGUAAGUUCGUUCUCGGAUUCGAUUAUUUCUCUAAGUUACAGUCUCGUUCGCUUGAUUCAUCCGCUAGAGAUGAAUCCAUUGCAUGGAUCCUUAAGGUGCAGGCUUAUUAUGGAUUUCAACCGCUUACGGCUUAUCUUGCCGUCAAUUACAUGGAUCGGUUUUUGAAUAAUCGGCGGUUGCCGCAAACAAAUGGGUGGCCAUUGCAACUUCUAUCAGUUGCUUGCUUGUCUUUAGCGGCCAAAAUGGAGGAAACUCUAGUCCCUUCUCUAUUGGACCUUCAGGUAGAAGGUGCUAAAUACUUAUUUGAGCCAAAAACAAUUAGAAGAAUGGAGCUACUUGUUCUAAGCAUCUUGGAUUGGAGGCUAAGAUCAGUUACCCCAUUUAGCUUCCUAAGUUUCUUUGCAUGCAAGUUAGAUACAACUGGAACUUUAACUGGGUUCCUCAUUUCACAUGCUUCACAAAUUAUAUUAUCUAAUAUCCAAGAGGCCAGCUUUCUUGCAUAUUGGCCAUCAUGCAUUGCUGCCGCGGCUAUACUCCAUGCAGCUAACGAAAUUCCUAAUUGGUCUCUCGUUAGGCCCGAGCAUGCUGAGUCGUGGUGCGAGGGAUUGAGAAAAGAGAAAAUUAUGGGGUGCUACAGAUUAAUGCAAGGACUCGUGAUUGACAAUAACCAAAGGAAACCUCCUAAAGUAUUGCCACAGAUGCGAGUGACAACUCAGCCCCUUGUGAGGUCAUGUGUCUCAUCAUCCUCCUCUUCUCCUUCCUCCUCAUCUCCCUAUAAAAGAAGGAAAUUAAAUAACUGUUUGUGGGUAGAUGAUGACAAAGGAUCAAACUCCCAAUGAAAAGAAAAAAAAGGAAUAGUAUUAAUAAAGGAGCAAUAAUAAAACUUAAAAAGAAAUAAGGUGGUGGUCCAAGUUUGUCCAGAAACCUCAAAAUUUUAUUAUAGAGGGUUUUUGAGUUUUCAUAAUUGACUUGAGUCAUGGUGCACAUUACACUAUUGCAUGAGAGUUGUGAGCUUUUAUUAUUGUUGUUGUAUUAUUAAUUUUGUUGGUGGGGGUAUAGCCAUUCACAAUGGCUUUGCAGAUUCCCAAGGGGGGGAGGGGGCAUUUUGUAACAUAAAAUUAUAUUGCCAUGUAAAAGUUAGAGAGAGACAUACUACUCCUAUAUAAUGAAAGAGUGGGGAAAUAAAUAUACAAAGAUGCAAUUAGUGGUUUGGUUGUAUAAGUGUGGAAGAAAGAAGUGGGAAUUCAGAACCCAAAGAUGUGCUGUUUAUUGUUGAAAGGGGAGAACAUUGUGGGACAUUAUUGCUUGUAAGCUUUGAAAGCAAAACAGAGUCUCUCAGAGCAGAGCAGUUAUAUCAAUUGGGUUGGCAAAACAUAGGGGUUUGAAACUUUGGAGAUAGAGCUAUACUACUCCUUAUAAUGGCAUUUCUAAGUCAAGGUCCUCAUUUUGGACAGUAUCCUUUCUUCUUUCAACUUACACAAGUCACUUUCAUGGGGCAUGCCACAGUUAUAAAAAUGGUACUAGUAGUAAUAAGUUGAAUCCAGCUGCAUUGUGUAGACUUUUGGUGCGUGCAAUGCACAUGUAUGUGUGAUUUUUUUAUUUUCUGUUAUAUUUUUGGCGGGAAUUAUUUAUUUUUUACUUUGGCCUUGAGCUUUGGCCUAACUAUACAGGACCCCAUUGCCUGGUGUCCAAUGCGUGUGAUGGAAACACGUCUCUAUAGUUUUACUCUGUUUUGGAUUUUUUCAUUUGUUUUCACCUCUUUCCUAUAUUGGCUUUGGCAUAAGAAAAACAAGGUUUCUGGAGCCUUUUUCCUGUGUGAUAUGUAUUGAAUUCAUUAAUUAUAAGCAUAAUUAUUAAUUUAUAUCUCUUUAAUUUCUUUCAUUCUA